AUUGAGGACAUUUUACUUAUAGAUAAUGCAACUGAAUUAAUUAACCAACAAAUAUUUGUUUCUCUUUACAAAGAUUUACAUUUAUAAUAUUAAAAUGUGAUCUCUUAGCAUUGUCAUCACAAAAAAAGAUGACGUGGAACUAGGUUAGAUUUAGAAGAAUCAUGAAUUUUUUACUUACACUCGCAUUCACAUGUAAUUCUUUGGUAUAAAUCUUAUUAGAUUAACCAAUACAUUGUAAAUAUGUUCGAAAUCACGGACACACAGAAAAUUGGCGUUGGCCUAGCUGGUUUUGGUAUAACAUUUUUAUUUCUUGGUGUAUUACUUUUAUUUGACAAAGGACUUCUUGCAAUAGGCAAUAUUCUAUUUAUAUCAGGUUUAGGAUGCGUUAUUGGUCCAAGAAGAACAUUUUGUUUUUUUUUUCAAAGGCAUAAAAUUAAAGGUAGCAUAUCAUUUAUAAGCGGCAUAAUUAUUGUAUUAAUAGGAUGGCCAAUUGUUGGUAUGAUUUUUGAAACUUAUGGAUUCAUUUUGCUUUUUAGUGGAUUUCUACCAGUUGCUAUCAAUUUUAUACGAAGAAUUCCAGUUCUUGGAACUUUAUUGAAUAUGGCAAUUAUUAGUCGUAUUCUUGAUAUGCUAGCAGGAGAUUCUAAUAGAACAAGAGUAUGACCUCAUUAAAAACUGCUAUUCAUUCGCUAUUUGACUGUAUAUACAACUCAUUAAUUAAUAUUUUUCAUUGAAUUUUGUCCUUUUCCCAGCUUCAUUCCAUAAGUAAUUUUUUUUACAUGUAAAUGCUAAUUUGAUUUAUUAUAUUAAUAUAAAUGUAUGAAUAAGCAAUUAUUGUUAUCUGUACAGACACAGAUUUAUAGGUAAAUAAGUGUAUAAAAAUUAUUAUAUAUGUACAAUACUUCAUUUAUAAGCGAUUGCAU